UUUACAUCUUGCCUGGGCGUGUUCUUUAUGAUAUCAGUUACACAGGACGCCUGAACCUUCAGCACAAGUAUACAAGUCGUGUCACGCAGCGAUUGAGUUUAUUAAUCAGGAAAGCUGUUCACUCGAAUUCCCUUGAAGCUGCACGGAUGGACCCGACAAAGAAACCUCCCGCAAAAUGCUCGAGCGAUGCUUUUCGCAGAGGCUCUUCGGUUGUUUCUUUCUUUUCAGUUCUACUGCUUGUCGCGCUGUUCUUAAGGAUGGAAAUAAUGAACAGGAAAACGGAGAUGAACGAACUUCGCAUCUCAGCCGUUGAAAGUCACAUGAAGUUGUACGCUUUGACGAAUAAAGAAAAUGAAAACGUCGGGGAUAAGACCAAAAACGUCAACAGCCGUCAGGGAAAUUCUGCGUCCCAGGUUCUCCUGGUAAGAAAGGGAGCCGAGGUCCCCGAGGAAGACGAGGAGCGCAAGGACAGAAGGGAAAGAGAGGUGAGCAAG